AUGAGCGCUAGGAAUUCGGUUGUUUCGUUGAUCUCACAUGGGGUGGAAGACCUGCCUCAGGUCGAGACAAAGCUUGUCGAAGACGAAGGAAUCAUGACCUUACCGUCCUCCAGCUCCAAAGACGAUGAUGGGUUAUCGGAUUCGAGUGAUGAGGUAGAGCAGAUGGCUCUGAAGACUCUCGAGCAUUUUCCCGAGACCGUGAGUUAGGUGUUCGUCUAAUAACGUUUUCAUGAGUUUAGCAACCCGGCAACUCCAAAGUCUGUCCCCCAGGCAACUUGCAGCCCGACUUUCUGGUAGCGAACUCGGAAAAGGGCGAAACGAAAGAGAGCCAAAAGGAAAACGGUAUUAGUUUGAGGGAAAAGGAAUGGGGAGAAAAAGAAGAGAGCGGACGGCUGUGCAGCUUUGUCCGAGUGGUUAAGGAGUCAGACUCGAAAUCUGAUGGGCUUUGCCCGCGCAGGUUCGAAUCCUGCAGGCUGCGAACACCUUUUUGGCGUUUUUUAAUUUUAUUUUUUUCAGCUAACAUACAGAACGAGUUCGGAAUAUGUGGAUGGAUAUUGACCGGUCUUUCUUUUAUACUUAUUUUCUUCACAUUACCUAUUUCCCUGUGUAUGUGCAUAAAAGUAGUACAAGAAUACGAAAGAGCUGUUAUAUUUCGACUCGGUCGCUUAAUGCCCGGAGGCGCAAAAGGACCAGGUUUGUUAUUUUGUCAUAAAAGCUUGAUUAUAAAAAUAUUAUUAAAAAAAUAUUAAAUUUUACUUUGCAGGUAUCUUUUUUAUUGUCCCAUGUAUCGACACAUAUCGCAAAGUUGACUUAAGAGUUUUGUCAUUUGAAGUGCCACCUCAAGAAGUGAGUUUAAACUUUCUAAGAAAAUUUGUUACAUAUAAUAGUUACCUAUAAACUGUGACAUAAAAUAAUCUUGUUGCAGAUUUUAUCAAAAGACUCGGUGACCGUAGCAGUAGACGCCGUCGUAUACUUUCGUAUCUCUAAUGCUACAAUAUCAGUAACCAACGUGGAGGAUGCCAGUCGCUCUACGAAACUGCUAGCCCAGACCACCUUGAGGAACAUUUUAGGAACCAAGACCCUAGCCGAGAUGUUAUCAGAUCGCGAAGCCAUAUCACUACAGAUCCAGGCCACUCUAGAUGACGCUACAGAACCGUGGGGAGUCAAGGUAGAGAGAGUUGAAGUCAAGGACAUCAGGCUGCCAGUCCAGCUACAACGGGCUAUGGCGGCAGAAGCCGAGGCCGCUCGAGAAGCGCGUGCCAAGGUUAUUGUAGCCGAAGGAGAACAGAAGGCUUCGAAGGCGUUGAAAGAAGCUGCAGAAGUGAUCGCUGAAUCACCGUCAGCGCUGCAGCUUCGGUACCUUCAGACGCUAAACUCAAUAAGGUAGGCUGGGGAUUAUCUCGAUAAGGUAGGUCAGGUUGAGUAGAUACGUUAAGAAAACUAACAGAUUGUACGUAUAUUGCUUUUUGUGCUAUGUUUGUUUGAAGUUACACAUCUGUUUCAGUGCGGAGAAAAACUCGACCAUUAUCUUCCCCCUCCCGAUCGAUUUGCUCAGCUCCUUCCUCCAUCGACCGGUCCCAAAGGCGUAGGUUCUCUGGUUGAUUUGCUUUAUCGUAUUGUAGUUGCCAUUUGAGAAUGUAGUUGAUGAUGUUGUGUAGACUUUUUUACACGAUCUACCAGUUAUAAUGCUUACCUGCUUCGUUCUAGUGAUGGUAAAGCGGCUUGAUUGUGCUGGACGGUCCCUUGCCUGCGGCGUUGUUCAAACCAAUUAAUGUAUUCGAAUAAAUGUUUUAAAAUUUGCAUUAUUGUUUUGUUUUGAAGGCCCGAGACGCCGCCAAGUGCCCGCCGCAUUCGGUCGUGCUGUGUGUAUAAGUAUCCGGAAUGGGUCCAGAACAUGGCCAGCAGCUCGUCAGUGCGCGAACAAAAGAGGUCAGACUGAGGGUGGGUCAGGUUUAAAGUGUCAACCAUUUGUUUGCGUUUUUUAAAGUACGACCAACUCGUAACAACUACGACCGGAGGAGUGUUUUAUCUGAUGGGCAGUUCCCCAUAGUAUUAUAUUGUCAUGCAGCGUCUCGAUAGCACUAUCGGAAACUCUUUUUAUCAUAGUAGAAUAGAGAACUGCUGUUUUAAUAUGAGUUUUUUGUAAAAUAGGUUCAAUUUAACUUAUAUUUAACUUAUAGUAAACCUACAUAGAUAAAUGCUACCUUUUGCAAGUUUCAGAACAGUAAAACUUCAAAUUUGAAAAACAAAGAGUUGGAUUGUCAAUAGAAAAUUAAUCUUUUUAGCGAAAUAAAGUGUGCCAUUAAUCAGAAUGCCCUUGAAACUUUAAGGAUAUAAACUACUUUUUAUGUUCUGAAAAAAUUAUUUUUUGUAAAAAAUCAAAAAAAUUUUUUAAAUGAUACCUAGGUAUACCUAGAUUAUUCAAAAGUAAUUUAGAAACCUUACUUUCAAACUUUUUUAAAAAAAAUGAAAACUUAGUUAUUAGACAGAAGAAUAACUAUCGCCUCUACCACAAUAUAGCACCAAAUUAGUACUAGUCUGCUGAUAACGGUCGUGUAUGAUAUCCGCUGUCCUGUGUCUGAAGGUAAUUUGAGUAGAUUUAUCUUUUAUCCGUCCCAAGACGAACAAAAGUCUAAAUGUAUAAGCAUUCCAAAAGUACUCGGCCCUGCGGGCAUUCCGUUUUUAACAGUUGUUUUGUUGCGAGAGAUGAAUGAAGUGAUAACGGCCUGAUAAGCCUCCCAUUAAAUGUUUUUAUUCUAAUAUCCGUGACAUAUUUUCAUUCGAACUAUGACGGAUUUUGUCAUCGCGAGCCGGGCCGAGUGACAGCUUCCUCUCGGCCUGAUCAGAGGUUUUUAUAUCCCCUGAGGCGCUUAUCACUUCAGGCAUCUGAUGCCGCAGCCGUGCCCCAAAAUGGCCUGUAUUCGCAAGAAUUCGGUCCAGAUCCCCAUUUCCAAAGACGAACUCGACUGGUCGGUAUUUUGAACUUUGUAUUUUGUAGUUGUGGGUUCUGUAAGUUGUUAUAGAUGGUGUUGUUUCAGCAUGAAGGAUUCGUCGUACCAACAAUCAACUUCUGGAGCCGACGAAUCCCAUCCGAGUAAGUGAGUUGUUAACGAGCGAUGACAUUACUUUCCAACCUCAAGGUAUAUGAUAGGGUUAGUCAGAUACUUCAAAACCUUUAAUAAUCUGUUUUCAUAGAACAGUUGUCACUACAAGAUUUACGACAUUUGCAAGCUAUUUUUGAAGAACUUUGAGUUCAAUACUGGUACUAGUUGUUAGAAGGGUUUUAAUGAUUAAUAUAUGCCUAAAACAUCUGAUUUGAAUAGUCAUAAAUUUUAAACUAUUGAGCUGUACCAGAAAACCAUUCUUUACUAACAAGUCUUAAUAACAAUAAUAAUUUUACGUUAGCUUAAUAUAACUUUAGGUUCAGCCAACUGCCGUAUACCUCGAAAUGACCCUAAGUCAACAUUGCUUAAAACCGCGUUAGCCAACAGAAUCCAGCCACGGAUUCCCGACUCCGCCAAUUGCUUAUCAGACAGAAACAAAGUCAGGGACAAAGUAAGUCUAUUAGAACACUCCAAACAAUACUAUACACAAAAAAAAGAAUCGUAUGUUGCGAUUAGAACCUAAAACAAUAUGAUAAUGCAAUUUUAGGGCAACCUUUAGCCUAGAUUUUAUGCUCUCCUGUAAAGUACACCACCUUUUCUAUAAAAACUUACAGUAAUCUUUUCUAGAAUCGCUUCAUUCCUCAACGAGAAGACCGCCUCCCUCCGCCUUCCAGUUCAUCAUAUCAAACGCCACGGGUACCUAGAACAACGUCAGAGAAUGCGAUUCCAAUGUCUUCCAUACUGGAACGUCGAGAAUCUUCUCAAAGCGAUAGCAGUCGCGGAUCAAACGUUCCAAAAAGUGUUACGUUCAAUGAUAAGGUAUGGCUGAAGUUACUUUUUCGUUAUAUUAUUGUAGGUUCUAGCUGGCUUUUUCUUUGAAAACUCUGAUAUCAUACACUAAAGGGCCACCAAUACUCUUGAAAACUCAGUUGUGCACCAUUUCUUAAUACCUAAAAACAAUAACUUCAGGUUGAGAUCAACGAGAUCGAGCGCAAAGAUCACUACAACGGCUUCGACUCCUCCAACCCAAACUUCCAGCUGAUCAAGGAUACCUUGUUCAAGAACGGGUGGAAGAUCCAGAUGGAGAACAACAACGAGAUCCUCAAUCCCAUGCAGAAUCUUCUCCAGCCUAUUCGAGAAGAUCUCCGAAGCUCUCCGUCGCUGAACCUGGACCUUGUUUACGACGAGACCAGAGAGCGACCAGACUGGAUGAGCGACGAGGAAUGGAUAAUGUUACAGUCGAUGUACGUCCCCAGCCGUGAGACUUCGAAGGACCCUUCUCCUCCUGUUGCAUUCCGAAACCCAGAUUCCGACGAUUAUCCUCAGAACUCGGUCGACGACGCAGAAGUGGCUCCUAGUCCACCUCCCUUACCUGACCCAUCUGCCUUCAUCUCCGUGGCUUCUGAUUCUUCCAAUGUUUUGUAUCCUUCUCAGCAAAUUCCAAGCUUAAGUUCAAAUCCUAGGAAUACAAACCUACCUUCACCUUCCAAUCCUCGAAGCAAUGCCACAACAUUGAGUAGACAGAGUUCUCUUGACAAACGUGAAGUUCAGGCGAAACCUCCAGCCAAUCAAACGUUGAAUCUGGAUGUAAACGAAGGAUCCUCGACUAAAUUUAAACCUGAAAGUGGAACGUAAGUUGAUUUGAAGCAGUUCUUACCUAAUAUUUGUUUAAAACUUCCAUCGUUGACCAAAAAUGUCUUUCCUUCCGAAAUUUGUACAAAAAAUUGUUUUCGAUACAUUUUGUGACAUUUCGUUGAAAACUCAAAGAAACGAAGUGUCACAAAUAACUGUAUUUUUCAAUAAAAAUAAAAAUAUUUUCAUAUUUUAGGCCGAUUUCUCCAUCAAAACAAGUUCUGAACAAUGGUUCUUCUCAAAACCAGACCGAAAGCACGACCUCCAGGCCCGUACCUCCAACCAGAAGGUCAUUGUCACCUUUAAAACCUCAACCAGCGUAUCCGAAUUCGUCCUUUAUCAAGCCGCCUUCUCCGUCAAAGAUCUUGCCUUCAGCACCUCAACUAUCGCCUGCAGCGUCCCAGAUAUCGCCUUUGUCGUCCAAGAUUUCAUCUCCAACACGAGAUUUGUGUAACACAAUAUCCUCUUCAGAACGGCCUGUCUUGUAUUCAUCUCCUGAAAGGCCCGCAUUUCUACCAUCAGAUAGGCCUACGACACCUUCGGCUACAGAUCGACCGUCUCCUUCAAAAACGUUUGCUUCUCGAGCCUUUUCUCCAGCCAACAAGUCCUACAACACCUCACGAUCUUCUCCAUCAUCGCCUGUGAAGGAGACGAAUCACGGUCCCUUCAGCCGGCUGCUGCCCGGAUCUCUGGACAGACUUGACGAUGAGCUUCUGAAUACCCAAAGAAUGUUUCUCAACGACUACAGUAACCCCAGUUUGAAUUCUUCUAAUACCAAUGGUCAUUCGUAUCUGAGGGAUUCGAACGAUUACCAUCUACAAGGGCCUUCAUCGUCGUUCGAGUACAAUAAUGGGCAGUCACGGUAUCUAUCAGUCGGUUCCUCGAAUCCGUCAAUCGAUCAUUCAUAUCAGUCGAUCAAUAGGAAUACCUAUGCCUCCAACACUUAUGCUUCGAUCAACCCCUCAGGCAGUGUUUUUGCUCAAAACGUGCCGUCCCUGCCGUCUUCACCGACUCCACUAAGACGUCAGAAUUCAGCGUUUUCUAAAGGAGCUUCUCAGAACACAUUAACGUCAAGAGGACAAUCCUCUCAAGGGUUAUCGUUGUCCAAGGUACCUUCUUCUUCAGCUCAAAACUUGGCUAAAGCAAACUUGUCGAAGCCUGCUUUAGCUGAGGAUUCACUUGCAUCUCUUAAGAAUAUUCUAAAUUUACCGACCGGUCAACCAACUCUAACUUCUCCGAACACUUCUCAACUUCGACGACCAUCUAAUUUGCCUUCUGGGCCCAAAUCCAACGUUUCUCUUGGACAAAACGUGCCUUUAGGGUCAAGUGUACCACCUAAUGCGUCUUUAUCUUCAGGAUUAAAGUCGAAUUUACCCCCAGGGCCUGGAUCUCCACGGAAGUUGGUAAAAGGCGAUGUUAAGCGUCUGAAGUCGCCGAUGGAUCUGGCUACAUCUUUCUACGAUAACGUAGACGCCGAACAACAAAUCUACCUACAACAACAGUUUGUGAACAAGUUCGGUCGAAGGAAAGCUCCGAUUGCAUCUCCUGAAGAAGCCAACCGACUGGCACGAAAGAAUUCCAUGGAUUCGAACUUGUCGACCGACUCGAGGGAAUCCGUGGUCUCGGCUACGUCGAUGAAGACGGAAGCCAGGAUUCGGAGGUUUUUUAAUUAUUAA